AAAGGAGGGAAGCACAGUUCACACGUCAAAGUGGACUCAGUUGUAAUAAUAAGCAAUCGUCACUUUCUCUGUAAUUAAAACUCUCACUUUUCCUCUGUUCCUAAUUCCAGAACUGGGCCAAAAAAAUAAAGGUCUUUGCACAGAGAGAUAACUAAAGAGAAGGUCAUGGCAGAGGCAAGGCGACACCCUCUCGGUAACCAGCUUGAUAUUCAGCAAAUACUUGUAGAAGCACAGCAUAGAUGGCUCCGGCCAGCUGAAAUUUGUGAAAUUCUUCGCAAUUAUAACAAAUUUCGUAUUGCGCCAGAACCUGCACAUCUGCCGUCAAGUGGUUCACUUUUCCUUUUUGAUCGCAAGGUGCUGAGAUACUUCAGAAAAGAUGGUCAUAACUGGAGGAAGAAAAAAGAUGGGAAGACAGUGAAAGAGGCUCAUGAGAGGCUCAAGUCGGGAAGCAUUGAUGUGCUGCAUUGCUACUAUGCCCAUGGAGAAGAAAAUGAAAAUUUUCAAAGACGCAGUUACUGGAUGCUUGAAGAGGAACUUUCUCACAUAGUACUUGUCCACUACCGGGAAGUAAAGGGCAACAGGACAAAUUUUAACCGCAUCAAACAGUAUGAAGAUUCUACUCCAUAUCCCCAAGAGAUUGAAGACACUUUACCCCAUUCUGAGAUGGAUACUUCUGCUUCUUCCAAUUUUCAUCAUGAUAGUAACCAGGUACCUGCACAAACUACAGAUACAGUAAGCAUGAGUAGUGCUCAGGCAUCAGAAUAUGAGGACGCUGAAUCAGUAUAUGAUCACCAAGUGAGUUCCAGAUUUCAUUCUUUUCUUGAGGUACAGCAGCCUGCAACAGAGAAGAUUAGUGCUGGCUUUCCUGAUCAUCAUGAUCCUGUGUUGUUUUCAAGUGACUAUCGAGGGAGAAAGUCGGCUGUUCCCAAAAGGGAAUUUGUUUCACCUGCCAGAGUGGAUAAAGCUGAAGAUACUGAUGGUGCCGGAUUAGCAUAUCAGCCCCAGAAAUAUUUUGACUUACCCUCAUGGGAGGACGUUUUAGAAAAUUGUACUCCUGGAACUGAAUCUUUGAAUUUUCAACCUCCAUUUACAUCACUAGCUGAUACAAAAGGAAUCAUUCCUAAACAGGAAGAUGAAAUACUGAGACAACUUUUUACCAACUUUGGUAGAAAGCAAGAGUAUGGGAGUCAUUUACCAGUCCAUAAAGAUUUGCAGACUUUCGAAGGUGCUACUUCGCAUCUCUCAAAAUGCUCAGACUCGACAUCUGAUCUCACUGCUAGCUUUUGUGAACAAGAACUUGUUAGUGGCGAUUUAGUCGAUAAACUUGAGCUUUCCCAAACAAGAGGAACUGAUCGUCCUGUAGAACAUGGUGGUCAGAUUCAGCUUUCAAACAGAGAGCAGAGUCUGAUCCUGGAGGGAAAAUCCAUAUACUCUUCUGCUGGGAAGCAGCAUUUGUUAGAUCGUGCACUAUCUGGAGAAGAUUUAAAGAAGCUUGAUAGUUUCAACCGAUGGAUGAGCAAGGAACUUGGAGAUGUGAAUGCAUCAAAAAUGCAUUCCAGUUCUGAGGCCUACUGGGAUACAGUUGAAAGUGAAAAUGUGAUUGCCGAUCCCAAAAUUCCUUCUCAAGUGCACUUGGAUUCCUACAUGCUGGGUCCUUCCCUCUCCCAGGACCAGCUUUAUAGCAUCAUUGAUUUUUCACCAAACUGGGCAUAUGUUGGCUUAGAAAUUAAGGUUUUGAUUACUGGAAGAUUCUUGAAGAAUCGAGAAGAAGCAGAAGAUUGUAAAUGGUCAUGUAUGUUUGGGGAAGUUGAAGUUCAAGCAGAAGUUAUAGCUGAUGGUGUUCUUUGUUGCCAGACUCCUUUAAACAAGGCUGGGAUGGUUCCUUUCUAUGUUACAUGUUCAGAUAGGGUAGCAUGUAGUGAAGUGCGUGAAUUUGAAUACCGACUCAGUCAUAUCCAAGAUGUGGAUAUUAAUGAUGAUUAUAGCAGCAGCGCAAGUAGUGUAGACCUUCACACACGGUUUGGAAAAUUAUUGUCUCCGAGCUCUGUGCACCUUCCAGAAUACAAUACCAGCAAAAUAGACCGAAUCUCCCAAUUGAGCAACACGGUCAGUUCAUUUUUGAAAGAGGAUACUGAUGAAUGGGAUCACAUGUUAAAGCUUACUUCAGAAGUAGGAGUUUCCUUGGAGACAGUUAAGGAGGAAUUUCUUCAAAAGCUACUCAAAGACAGGUUACAUUUUUGGCUGUUACAGAAGGCAGCUGAGGGUGGAAAAGGCCCUAGUAUAUUGGAUGAAGGUGGUCAGGGAGUAUUACAUUUUGCAGCUGCUCUUGGCUAUGACUGGGCCCUUGAACCCACAAUAAUUGCAGGUGUUAGUGUCAACUUCCGUGAUGCGAAUGGAUGGACUGCACUUCAUUGGGCAGCAUCUUGUGGCAGAGAACGUACAGUUGCAUCCCUGGUCCUUCUUGGUGCAGCUCCUGGAGCAUUAACAGAUCCAACUCCCAAAUACCCUGCAGGCAGAACACCUGCUGACCUAGCUUCUGCUAAUGGACACAAAGGAAUUGCUGGUUAUCUUGCAGAAUCUGCUUUGAGUGCCCACCUUUCUUCUCUUAAUCUGGAUAACCAGGAUAGUGACAAUGCAGAAAUAUCUGGACCAAGAGGAGGGCAGCUAGUUCCAGAGCAUAUUACAAGUAUCAGUAAUAAGGACUUGCCAUAUGGGCAGUCCUUAAAGGACUCAUUAGCUGCUGUUUGUAAUGCUACACAGGCCGCUGCUCGCAUUCACCAAGUCUUCAGGGUACAGUCCUUUCAAAAGAAGCAAUUGAAAGAGUUUGGUGAUGAUAAAUUUGGAAUAUCGCAUGAACAUGCUCUUUCACUUAUAGCGGUUAAGGCAAACAAGCAAGGACAGAAUGAUGAGCCAGUGCAUGCUGCUGCAAUACGGAUUCAAAACAAGUUCCGCAGUUGGAAGGGUAGAAAGGAAUUCUUGAUAAUUCGGCAGCGAAUUGUUAAAAUUCAGGCUCAUGUAAGAGGCCACCAGGUCAGGAAAAACUAUAGAAAGAUAGUAUGGUCAGUAGGAAUAGUGGAAAAAGUGAUCUUGCGGUGGAGACGAAAACGUAGUGGCUUGCGUGGAUUCAAAUCAGAAGCACUUACUGAGGGUCCUAGCAAAAAGGAUACAAUUUCAAAGGAGGAGGAUGAUGAUUUCUUUAAAGAAGGCAGAAAGCAAACAGAAGCAAGAUCACAGAUAGCCCUUGCAAGGGUGAAAUCCAUGCAUCAAAAUCGUGAGGCAAGAGAUCAAUAUUGCAGGCUGCUGAAUGUUGUCACCGAAAUCCAGGAGACUAAGGUUGUGCACAGCCACAUCAACAACUCUGAAGCAAUGGCUGAAAUCAAUGAUCUGAUUGAUUUUGAAGCACUAUUGAAUGAAGACACUUUCAUGGAUACAGCUUCUUGAAUUCAUUCUUCUUUUCUUUGGUUGCACUAAAAUUCAUUUGUAAAUGUCCCUAUAGAAUUUUAUGACUGAACUAACUAGAUAUUACCCUGCAUGUUUUGCAGGGUUAAUGUAUUUAAUUUAAUUUAUAACAAUAUUAUCAAUAAAAUAGUUAGAUAAAUAAAUUGGACUUUUGUUUAAA